AUAAAACUAGGGUUUAUAUAAAGAGGGAAGCACCUAUAUAAGUUUAAUUUUCUCCGCUCCAGCACCCCUUCUUCCAUUCUCUAUUUUCUCCAUUAUCGCCGUUCGUGAGCAAUCAUGGUUCACGUUUCUUACUACCGCAACUAUGGGAAAACAUUUAAGAAACCACGUCGUCCAUAUGAGAAAGAGCGAUUGGAUGCUGAGUUGAAGCUUGUAGGAGAGUAUGGUCUUCGCAAUAAGAGAGAGUUAUGGAGGGUUCAAUACGUUUUGAGUCGUAUUCGUAAUGCAGCCAGGCAUCUUCUCACUCUUGAUGAGAAGAACCCUCGCCGUAUUUUUGAGGGUGAAGCUCUUUUAAGGAGGAUGAACAGGUAUGGGCUUUUGGAUGAAGGCCAGAACAAGCUCGAUUACGUGUUGGCUCUCACUGUUGAGAACUUUUUGGAAAGGCGUCUUCAAACUUUGGUCUUCAAGUCUGGUAUGGCCAAGUCUAUUCACCAUGCUAGGGUGCUCAUCAGGCAAAGGCAUAUUAGGGUUGGGAGACAAGUGGUGAAUGUCCCUUCAUUCAUGGUGAGGCUAGACUCUCAAAAGCACAUUGAUUUCUCUCUGACUAGUCCCUUCGGAGGAGGCCGCCCAGGUAGAGUAAAGAGGAAGAACCAAAAGGCCGCAGCAAAGAAGGCAGCUGGUGGAGAUGGUGAUGACGAAGAUGAAGAGUAAGCUAUUACCAGCCUCUCAUUUGUAGGCGUAGGCAUUGAGAUCAUUUGUUAGUAAUCCUCUUAUCAAUCUCCCAAGAGAUCUACCUUUUUCAUGUUUCAGUCAGAUAAUUUUCUUACAUCAUCUUAGGAAGUUUUGAGUGCUUGCUUCUGUUAUGUGUUAAAUUAUUCUUAGAUUUUGUUAAUUUAUGUUCACCUUGUCAAACGCAAAUGUGUUUUUUAAUCAAUUUACCAUAUUUGGUACAUCACCAUGCUGCA